AUGGCGGAGCUGUGCCGCACGGACUCGCGGCUGACGGCUGUGGAUGAGGAGACACUGUGGGAGAUGAUGGAGAGCCAUCGCUACAAGAUCGUGCGCAGCAUCUGCCCCAGCCGCCUCACCCCCUACCUGCGCCAGGCCAAGGUGCUGGGCCAGCUGGACGAGGAGGAGGUGCUGCACAGCCCCCGCUUCACCAACAGCGCCAUGAGAGUCGGGCACCUGCUGGACCUGCUGAAGGCUCGAGGGAAGAACGGGGCCCUCGCCUUCCUGGAGAGCCUGAAGUUCCACAACCCUGACGUCUACACCCUGGUCACGGGGCUGCAGCCCAGCGUGGACUUCAGCAACUUCAGCGGCCUCAUGGAGACGUCCAAGCUGACCGAGUGCCUGGCGGGGGCCAUCAGCAGCCUGCAGGAGGAGCUGGCCCAGGAGAAGACACACAAGGAGUCCCUCCUGCGGCAGUACCAGCGACAGCAAGAGCGCCUGGGCCUGGCAGAGGCCCGCGCCAAGGAAUUGAGCCAGCUGGAGGCCGACCACGGCCGCAUGAAGCGGGAGGUGAGCGCCCACUUCCACGAGGUGCUGAAGCUGAAGGACGAGAUGCUGAGCCUCUCGCUGCACUACAGCAACGCUCUGCGCGAGAAGGAGCUGGCCAGCACGCGCUGCCGCAGCCUGCAGGAAGAGCUGUACCUGGUGAGGCAGGAGCUGCAGCGGGUAAGCAUGGUGUCUUCCUGUGAACGGGAAUUUCGAGAAAGGUCCCUGAAGAUGAGCAGCAACUCGGACCCUGAGGGCGAGGAGCUGAGCCGCCUGAAGGAGGAGAACGAGAAGCUCCGCUCACUGACCUUCAGCCUGGCGGAGAAAGACAUCCUGGAGCAGAACCUGGACGAGGCCCUGGAGAGUAAGCAGGAGCUGGUGAACCGCAUCCACUCACUGCGGGAGCGGGCGGUGGCUGCAGAGAGGCAGCAGAAGCAGUACCUGGAGGAGAGAGAACAGACCCUGCUCCAGUUCCAGAAGACACAGGUGGACUGUGAGCUGUACAGAGAGAAGAUGAGCACGCUGCAGAGUCAGGUGGCCGAGCUGCAGAAGGAGCGGGACCAGGCAUACGCGGCCAGGGACGGGGUGCAGAUGGAGAUUUCCCAGAGCCUGACGGAGAAGGACUGCCUCCGCAGGAGGGUGUUUGAGCUGACUGAGCGGGUGUGCGAGCUGCGCACCCAGCUGCGCAGGCUGCAGGAAGAGCCCCCCGCAGGGCCCAGACAGGAAGCCAGGGCCAAGGAGCUGUGUCCGCGGGGGAAGCAGCGGCUGGUGCGGAUGCACGCGGUAUGCCCGCAGGAAGACAGCGAAGACGGUGGCCAGCUCAGCAGCCUCAGCUCCAUGGAGUCCCAGCUCUGGUGGGACCUGAGUGUCACGUCCAGCCGCGAGCUGGCCGACAGCUUCCGCUCCAGCAGCCCGGUGCCUCCCAGCCAGCAGUCCCUGUACAAGCGGGUGGCGGAGGACUUCUGGGAAGACCCCGAGUCGGUCAGCCCCUUCCCAGACACCCUGGAGGCGGACCUCGGGGCGUCUCUAGGAGACAAGGAUGACACAGACCUGGGUUAUGAGAUCCUGGACAAGACGGACCUCCCCCAGCCAGAGGGCAGCCUGCAGAGGUCUGCCAGAAGCUUGGAUGUGCCAGAAAGCGCCCCUGUGCGGCGGAGGCCCGCCCGCAAGAUCCUGAGCCAGGUCACCGUGCUGGCGUUCCAGGGCGCCGCGCUGCUCAAGCAGCUGCGCGUCGUCGGAGGGAACCUCACGGGCAUCUUCAUCCACCACGUCACCCCUGGCUCCGCCGCCGACGGCAUGGCCCUGCGCCCCGGCACCCAGAUCAUCAUGGUGGACCAUGAGGCAGCAGAGCCCUCGUUCAAGGCCACGCUGGAGAACACGACCCUAGAGCAGGCGGUCCGGCUCCUCCAGAGGGUCAACGGCUUCUGCUGCCUUUCUGUGAAGGUCAACACUGAGGGUUACAAGAAGCUGGUCCAGGACCUGGAAGCCAAAGUGGUGACAUCGGGAGACUCCUUCUACAUCCGGGUCAACCUGGCCCUGCCGGGGCGGGGGGAGGGGGAGCUGCCCGUGCACUGCAAUGACACGCUGCACGUCACGGACACCAUGUUCCAGGGCCGCGGCUGCUGGCUGGCCCACCGCCUGGACCCCUACAGCAUGCAGCACACCGACCACGGCACCAUCCCCAACUACCCGGGGGCUCAGCAGCAGCUGCUCACCCUCAUCCAAGACAUGACCCAGAGGGGGCCUGCCCGCAAGUCCCCCGGGGGGCCUCAGAAGCUGGUCCGCAUUGUCAGCGUGGAUGGAGCCAAGGCCGGCCCGCUGUGUGCGCCCUUUGCUGAGAGCCAGCUGGACACGGGCAGGGUGGAAGAGCACUUGAGCCAGGAGGAGUUCGAGGUCCGGAGCCGGAGAGGGGACCUCAUCCAGGAGGGAGAGGCGGCUGGCAGCCUGUGCUGGGUGACCCGCCAGGCUGUCGAGGGCCUGGCAGAGACGAACACCCAUGCCCUCCUGGAUGUACGGCUGGACAGCAUCCACGUCCUGCACAGGAUGGACAUCUUCCCCAUCAUCCUCCAUGUCUCAGUCAACGAGAAGACGGCAAAGAAACUCAGGAAGGGCCUGCAGCGGCUCGGCACCUCGGAGGAGCAGCUCCUGGAGGCGGCCAGGCAGGAGGACGGAGAGCUGGACAAAGCGCCCUGCCUGUACAGCAGCCUGGCCCCCGACAGCUGGAGCGACCCGGACAGCCUGCUCAGCUGUGUCCGCCUGGCCGUUGCAGACGAGCAGAGGAAGGUAGUGUGGACAGAGCAGGGCCCACUCUGA